ACGGAUUUGACGACCUCCUGGCCCCCUCACAUGACGCGCUUUCAAAUCCCUUCGCAGAUCCUUUCGCGAAACCCAGGUCCAACUCACCCGACCCUUGGUCAAGCUUUGGACAGGACCCUUCACCAUACAAUGAAGAGGCGGCAGCGUUUGGCGGCUCGUCGUCAAAUGCGCUGCGGCACGAUGCGUUUGCGGACAUCGGCGGAUUUGAAGACUAUCGCGACAGCGCGCCAGACCCGCUCGACAGUGCCGCAUUCAACUCGGAAGAGGCCAGCACAGAUGACUUGCAGGAGUCUACACCGACGGCCCACGCGACGUCGCCUCUGGCCCGUGGUUUCCGGGAAAGUGUAUCGGAGGAGCCCGUACACCAACCUCCCGAGCUGCAACCCCCGCUGCGGGAACUCACCCCGCCAGUCGAGGAGCCUACGAAGGCACCUACACCACCUCCAGAACCCAAGACGAGUCCUACUGCAACAUCUGCUCGCCUGCCUGGCCAUGUCUCGCGAGGUUCGGUCGCGUCCUCAGCUUCCUCUCAUGUUGCGUCUAUCAAGGCUGCGCCCGUGUCAUAUAACCCGCUUGACCAGCCUUCGAAUGCGUUUGAACGUUCCAUCGCUGGCCUUUCGAUAGGUGGCGAGGCGCUGGGAGGAUGGGGGGACACGGGCGGAUGGCAGAGUACGCAACACGCGUUCGGUGGAACGGGUCCGGUCUCGAGUAUUGCUCGGGAAGAGAGCGUGUCGGACGAUGACGAUGACGAUGACCGGCCAAUUGCACAGACGAUGGCAGCACGGGUUGCCUCGCGGGAGCGUGAGCAAGCACCCACGUCGCCCUCCGAGGCGAGUUCCUCGUCGCCUGUGAAGAAAGACAACGGCAUACAGCCCACUUUUGUAAUCAGUGUAGAUGACCCGCAGAGAGUCGGUGAUCCUAUCCGCGCGUACACCAUGUACACGGUUCACACCAAGACCACCUCGCCCAUGUACAAGAAAUCGACUUUCUCCGUCCUCCGGCGGUACUCUGACUUCCUGUGGCUGUACGAAACGCUCUCCAUGAACAACCCCGGAGUGGUCGUGCCCCCAGUCCCGGACAAGAACCCCUUCGGCCGGUUCGACAACGAAUUUGUGCAGCAGCGCCGGCUCGCGCUCGAGAAGUGCAUCCAGAAGAUCGCAGCGCACCCAGUCCUGCAGAAGGACGCGGACCUGAAGCUGUUCCUGGAAAGCGAUACCUUCUCCCUCGACAUCAAGCACCGCAAAGCGGAGAUUGCGCAGGAGAAGGGUGGCCUUAUGAGCGCGAUUGGCCAGACGAUCGCCGGUCCUCGGUUCCACGAAACUGACGAGUGGUUCGACAGGCAGAGGUCGUACCUGGACAGUCUGGAGACACAACUUCGAGGUCUCGUGAGGUCCAUUGAGGCUGUAGCCAAGCAGCGCUCAGACGUGGCCGCUGCCGCGGGCGAUUUCGCGCAGACAAUCGCAGACCUGGCUGCAUGCGACGUCGGAAAGCAGCUGUCCUUGUCGCUGUCAGGGCUGGCAGAGGUCGAGCGGAAGGCGCAGGAGCUCCAGUCGUCUCAGGCGAACGACGACGUGAUUACGAUCCUGAGCACAGCGGACGAGUACACACGCCUCAUCAACUCCGUCAGGCUCGCGUUCAGCUCGCGCAUCCGCGUGUACGGCGCGUGGCAGACCGCGGACGCACACCUGAAGCGCACGAAGCAGACGCACGAAAGCAACCGCGCACAAGGCAAGCUCGGGCCGGAGAUGCUCGGGCGCUCCCUCGCGAUCGUCGCGGAUGCGGAGCGGCGUGCGCUCGACGCGAAGAACGAGUUCGACCACGUCUCGCGCCUGGUGAAGCACGAGACGGCGCGGUUUGAGCGCGAGCGCGUCGAGGACUUCAAGGCUGCGCUCGAGGCGUUCCUCGAGGGCAUGAUUACCAGGCAGAAGCAGCUUAUCGGUGCAUGGGAGAGCUUCCAGCAAACGUUGCUGAAGCGGGUCACGCCGCAAGCGCAGCGUCCGCCAGACUCCCCGAUCGCCUUCACCACAUAGGACGGGUUACGCACGUCGUUUUCGGAAACACAUUGUUAUCACUAUAAUGUCGAUCGUGGAUGAGCAUCAGAAUAUACAUAUCGGUCUUAGCUGUAUACGAUGUAUAUGACAGGGGGGUGUGAGGAUGUCCACUACGAACAGCAGCACUAUCGAUCGCCGUAAGCGACAGCGGCUCACUCCCAGUAUCUCGCCUGCUUCGCGUCUCCCUGCUCUGCGCCCGCGAUCUCCAGGAAGUCGGACGGGCGUUCGCGCUUGAGCGGCCUCCGCCUGUUGUUCAGCGGCAGCCGCUGGUACGCCGAGUCCUGGCCCGCCGGCUGCUGGUUCGGGAACGGGUUCGUCCACUGCCUAUACUCCUGCUGCUGCUGCAUGCCCAUCCCGCCACCCAUACCUCCACCACUCAUACCUCCACCACCC